UCCAACAUGGCGGCGGCGGCGGAGAAGUCCACGAAGGAGAAGCUGCUGGCGGCGGUGGAGGACCUGGAGGUUCUGUCCCGGGAGCUGAUCGAGAUGCUGGCGCUGUCCCGGAGCCAGAAGCUGCCUCAGCCCGGGGAGGACGUGCAGGUCCUGCAGCUGCUGGUGCAGAGGGACCAGGAGUUCCAGGAGCUGAUGGAGCUGGCGCAGCAGCAGGGCACGGUGCACCAGGAGAUGCAGCUGCUGGAGAAGGAGGUGGAGAAGAGAGACAGCGACAUCCAGCAGCUCCAGAAGCAGCUGAAGGAGGCCGAGCACAUCCUGGCCACUGCUGUUUACCAGGCCAAGGAGAAACUCAAAUCUAUUGACAAAGCCAGGAAAGGAAGUAUCUCGUCAGAAGAAAUCAUCAAGUACGCUCACAGAAUCAGCGCCAGUAACGCCGUGUGUGCUCCUCUCAACUGGGUCCCAGGUGAUCCACGCCGACCGUACCCGACCGACCUGGAGAUGCGCAGCGGGAUGCUGGGUCACAUGGCCAACAUGCCGACCAAUGGCGUGAACGGACAUCUGCCUGGUGAUGCUCUGGCUGCUGGAAGGUUACCAGACGUCCUGACGCCUCACUACCCCUGGCAGUCCUCGGACGUCUCCGCCGGGAUGCUGCCUCCUCACCACGGCAACGACUUCGGCCUGGAGCCCCCUGGUCAUAACAAGGAGAACGAGGACGAUGUGGAGGCCAUGUCGACAGAUUCCUCCAGCAGCAGCAGUGAUUCCGACUGAGUGUGUGUGUGUGUGUCUCUGUGUGUGUGUGUGUGUGUGGUCACCACUGAGUAACAUCUGGUCAAACCUCUUCACCUCUGGUUAUUAAAAUUAAAGUUGAGACUCCAACAUGUUAAAUGAAGAGAUUGAUCAGUCUGAACCUGGACUGAGUGAGGAAGUCAAACUGCUCCUGUAAAGAGCUUCAGAGACGUGAGCUUCCUCCGAACCAGAGCAGCUUUAUGUCCUCUGUUAUUUUUCUGUUUCUAUUGUUUCUAUUGUUCAGACAGUUUGGUUUAAAGUGAACAGAAACCAAGUGAGUCUUCCUCUUAUCGUCUCCAUGAGCAGAACCCGUCUGAUGUUCUUCUGAAAAGCAGAGGAGGUCAGUCUGAGGGACGUCAGGUCCGAGGUCUGUUCGCUGCUGCCUGUGUGUUCUUAGUAUGAUUCAGAUACAUGGUGUUAUUUUACCUUUGUGUGAAGAAUCCUGUAGAUACUCCUCCCUGUAAAUAAAUCCUACUUUUUAAAAU